UUAGUUUCCAAGAGCCGCUAUCUCUCUGCUUUUGCUAGUGGUACUGUCUUAGCUUUGAUUCUCUGUUCUCUGUUUUGUUCUGUUUCGCGUCUAAGUUCCUCUGUUACGCUUUCGCCCUUUUAAAGGAGAAAACAAUUCCGUGUGCAUGCGUGAUAAUCUUUUUGUUGCUACAAGGCGCAUGCAUAAAUUUUUGUAAGGUGUACUACUAGUGUUACAGGAACUUAAACAAUGAAGAAUGCCAAGGGCAAGGGAGCAGUGAAGGUUUCAAAAGAAGCACUGAAGCCUGUUGAUGACCGAAAGGUUGGAAAGCGAAAGGCUUCUAGUAAGCCUGACAAGGGCAGUGCACCAAAGGCAAAGAAGGAGAAGAAGGCCAAGAAGGACCCCAACAAGCCUAAGAGACCCCCCAGUGCUUUCUUUGUGUUCCUUGAGGAGUUCAGGAAGACCUUUAAGGCUGAGAAUCCUAAUGUGAAGGCUGUAUCUGCUGUUGGGAAAGCUGGAGGAGAGAAAUGGAAAUCCUUAUCCAGUGCUGAAAAAGCUCCAUAUGAAGCUAAGGCUGCAAAAAGGAAAGCUGAGUAUGAAAAACUCAUGAAAGCUUAUGAUAAAAAGCAGGCAAGCUCUGCAGAUGAUGAUGAAUCGGACAAGUCCAAAUCUGAGGUGAAUGAUGAAGAUGAUGAAGCCAGUGCCGAGGACCAUCAAGAAGAGGAAGAGGAGGACGAGGAGGAAGACGAGGAAGAUGAGGAUGAUGACUGAGAUUGAUGUUUAAAACCUUGGUUUAUGAUGUUUUGUUGGUGAGGGUGGCUAUUAUCUAUUCUGACUGUGCAUACUAGGCCACUUUUGUUUAUGUUUUGUGUCGGUAGAAAAGAAUCUCUUCCUUUUGUUGGCUCCAUCUAUUGGCAGCUACUUGAGCUUCCCUCACUUAGCUAUCGUACCUAAAUUGCUCUGUGCAUUGUAGCCUUACAUGGGUUGCUUUAAGUAAUAUUAAUUUCUUUCUGAUCAAUGCAUUGACAUAAUAAAUUAGUAUAAA